AUGCAGCUAAACGGGUUUGAACUCUUUGCGCUGUCAGUCUGCUCGUGCCUGCUCGGCACAUGUUUGUUUGUCUGGCGCAAUAUCGCCGACAGGAUCAGCGAUCGAGAAAUAUCGCUGGUCUUCGCCAUCUAUGCAGCUCUCGCUCUGAGCAUGAUAGUAUCGCUCCGCAGCGAAAAGACCCUUAUCGAGUACAUCUCCGGCGAUGCGAAGAGGAUCUCGGACAGCCAAAUCAUUGAGCUCCAAGAAGCACAUCGCAAGCGCAUCGCAUCCCUCAAGUACGAAAACCAGACCUGCCAGCGACAGCUGCAGUCGAGCCUCAAUCGUGCGAACGCCAAAAUUGACCGCAUCAACCACGAGUUCGACUGGGUAACCGACAUGUACCAGGAUCAGAUGCGCGUCGCACAAGAGCAGGACGACCGUAUAACCUACCUCGAGACCAAGCUACAGGAAACCGGUCAACGUUCGCCUGCGGUUCACGCUCCAUUUUCCGCACCAUCUUCCCAGAUCAACUUUGCCAAUCCACCUCGCCGCAACCGCUCGCUCUUGGCCGUCGGGAACGCAUCAUCCAUAGUCUCAAGCCCGCUAGCCCAGGUUCCGGAGAAUGCGGCAGAGUAG